UCUCCGAUCACACCCUCGUCCUCCACGCCGACCCCCUGGACACCAUCAGAUCGGUUCACGAGAAAAUCCAGUCCAUCACCGGAAUUCCCGUCAUCGAGCAGCGCCUCAUCUACCGUGGCAAGCAGCUCCAGUGGGAACAGACUCUCUCCGAGUGUGGGGUUCAGAACGAUGCCGGCCUCCACAUGGUCGGCCGCAUGCGCAGCACCGGCCACCCUCAGGCCUGGCAGCUCAUCAACGAUGUCGUAUCCCAGGUCUUCUACCAAUACAAGAAUAACCCCUCUUCCCAGACUUUCUUUCCCCCCACCCCCCGCAAAACCGUCAAGUCUAUGCUCCUCGAGUUCCUGUCCAUGACCCCAAGAACGGAUACCGAUCAAGCCUCUGGCCAUCUCCAGAUUUUCAGCGCCUCCUCUGCCCCAGCCGCCCUAGUGAUGCUCUACAUGUCCCCUUACAAGCCCAACCGGGACGUGGCUGGUGAUGCCAUCACGCAUUUCAUCACCUCUUGCAAGACAAUCUUGCCCAAGCAACACUAUCAUCUCUGUGUGCCCAUAGUUAUGGAGUUCUGUAAACUGUUGAGUAGGGCCGUGGGGACAGAUGACUCCUUGUACGCUCUGUGUAGGAGUAGUUUGGGGACAAUGGUGGAGUUCAUCGAUAUUGGGGAGAAAAAGGACUCAGUUGGGCUUCGCGACGUGUUCUUGUUUGUUUGCGAGUUGGCUACCAAACUGUCUUCUGACCUGGUGGCGAGUACCCAGUCUGGAUCCUUCUCGGCUCCCUCGAUCUCUGAUGUUCAAGAUUUCGCAGCCUUUGUGGCCCCUGUGAGGAAUGGGAUUAAGGCAGACAUAGGAUUUUGUGGGCCCAUUCGAGUUCCAUUGAGCGAGGAGCUCUGCCGGCUGCCCCUGUGUUUUGCGAAUGAGAUUGUCGUCUUGCACGGGAUCUUUUUCGACCUUCUGAGCAAAUUGGAGAAGUUUAUGGUGAAAAUUGAAGAGCGUCUGGACCGGGCCAAGAAACGUGAGGGUGAGACCUUUCAUGUCGGGUGCCAGUACCUUGAUCUUCUGAAGGAGCUUAAUAGUACUUCCAAACUCUACCAGGGCUGCGAGGAGGUGUUCUGGGAGACUAUGAAGCAGAGGAAGAGUGCCGUGUGCUAUCUGAUCUUGAGGUGUUCUAGGAGGAGCGACGAUCACAUCUGGAUUUCGGAGUGUAAGGAGGUAACCAAUUUUGAGGCAAGGAGACACCUGGCGAUGAUGCUUCUUCCUGAGGUGAAGGACGACUUUGACGAUCUGCACGAGAUGCUCAUCGACCGAUCAAACUUACUGGCGGAAUCAUUCGAGUACAUUAUAAAUGCAGAUUUGGAAUCCUUGCGUGCGGGCUUGUUCAUGGAGUUCAAGAACGAGGAAGCAACCGGUCCUGGCGUGCUGCGGGAGUGGUUUUUCUGCGUAUGCCAAGCAAUUUUUAACCCUCAAAAUCCGCUCUUUGUGGCUUGCCCGAAUGAUCGUCGAAGGUUCUUUCCAAAUCCAGUUAGAGCCAGCUUUCCAGGAAAGGCUGUUGGAGUAAGCGUUGGAGGUAGUGCGGAAUUCGUUGCUCCUGCUAAGGAAACUAAAGAGUAUGCGGCUGAAAAUGACACAUCGACCGUGGACCCUCUCGACCGAGAAUACUUCAAUUUCGUGGGAAAAGUGAUUGCCCUGGCCUUGAUGCACAAAGUCCAGGUUGGCAUCGUGUUUGACCGAGUCUUCUUCCUCCAGCUGGCGGGGCAGCCCAUCACACUCGAAGACAUCCGGGAUGCGGACCCCACUCUGUACAGCAGCUGCAAGAAGAUUCUAGAAAUGGAUCCAUCUGCCGUGGACCAGGACACACUAGGCCUGACGUUCGUGGACGAGAUCGAGGAGCUGGGGAUGAGGCGAGUGGUCGAGCUCUGCCCUGGUGGGAAAAGCUUGUCCGUGGACAGCAGUAACAGGGGAAAGUACGUGGACUCGCUUAUUCAGCACAGGUUCGUGAAGGAGACGGCGGAGCAGGUGGACCACUUUGCAAAGGGGUUUGCUGACAUACUGAGCUGCAGGCGGCUGCAGAGGGGUUUUUUCCGGUGCUUGGAGGCAGGGGAUCUUGACCGGAUGCUUUACGGCAGUGAGGAUGAUAUUUCGGUGGAUGAUUGGAGGUCCCACACGGAUUAUCAUGGGUUCAAGGGGACUGAUAAUCACAUUUCCUGGUUCUGGAAGAUUGUUGGGAGCAUGACAAAGGAGCAGAAGAAAGUUCUCCUUUUCUUCUGGACCUCGAUUAAGCAUCUUCCGUGUGAGGGUUUCAGUGGGUUGGCUUCUCGACUUUACAUCUACAAAAACUCUGAGUCGUCCGAUCGGCUGCCAUCAUCUCACACAUGCUUUUAUAGGCUCUGUUUUCCAGCAUACCCCACAAUGUCUCUAAUGCGUGAUCGGCUUCGAAUUAUCACUCAAGAGCAUGUAGGUUGCAGCUUUGGUACUUGGUAAAGAUAAAAACACACAAAAAUCGGGCGAUUUUAGGAUCGUGCACAUAACUUAGAAAAAUCUGUGGUAGGUUUUUUUGUACAUAAAUGAUAGAUGAUUUCUCUUUAAGAAAGUCUUUCUUUUCUUCUGGCUUUGGCCCUUAUGUAAGGAGGUGUUAGCAAACAUGCCACACCGGCCAAUGUUUCUUUUGACAGAGAUUGUAAUGUUUUAGUGGUCCUCUUUUGAAACAAUUGGUAAGGUUAAUUGAGUUAAAUUUAAAAGGCAAGUGAAGAUGGAAUUGUUUUAGUUUCGGAUUUAUUUAUUUGUUUGUUUAUUUUAUUGAAAAAGAGUAUUCCGAAUGUGUGGCA